AUGCUCACUCGCUUCAGCAAUGGUUCCUUAGCCCUCAACAUCCGCGACCCCUGGCACAGCCGUUGGGAUGCAGGAGUGUCCGGUAAAGCCUAUGAAGAUUAUACCUGGAGCCACCCUCAGAGAACAUGGCUAACAUUCCGGUCCUAUACCCGCAUCGUCUCUGAAGCAAUAGAACAGCUCAGUUCUGUAAGCCAUACAACCCUGCAAAAUGAAGCCACCCUAAAUAACCAAUUCAAACCCUCAGGUAGCACCUCUCAACCAUUCUCUUGGUUGACUCUAGUACAGCUGGGAUCCAACAUGUUAAAUUUAACUAAAGCCAUGAAUAUCACCAACUGCUUUUUAUGUGCCUCUCUCAGCAACCCCCCCUUAGCUGAAGUUCCCCUCAGGUCGUGGUUCAAUCUGUCACAAUCAUCUAUGGGACCCGGCAACAUCUUAAUGGAUAUCCCCUUGUUCCAAGUACACCCGCAAAAUUUCUCUGUCUGCUAUGAGACAGCCAGCAGCUCCAGACCCAGCUGUAACACCACAGUAAAGGUAAAAUCCUCCCUCUACGUGCUACCAGGAGAAUAUUUCUGGUGUAAUGGAACCUUAACUAAAGUUAUUAAUGCCUCCUUCCUUUUCCCUUGUAUACCCGUCACCUUGGUCCCUCAGUUAGAGGUAUACAAACAGGCCGAACGUCUAUCCCUCCUUCCAUCCUCCCCUAAUUACCAACACAGACAAGCAGUCUUCCUCUCAAUGGUCGUUGGUCUCUCUCUAGCAUCCUCUCUGGUGGCGGCCAGGCUGGGUAGCAGCACCCUAGGCUACAGUGACACCUCAGCCACUCAACUAGAGGACAAGCUUCAGGUGGCUAUCAAAGUGUCGGCCAACUCGCUCAAGCGACAAAUCAUGUCACUGGCCCAGAAAGCUAUCAGGUGGCCCAAGGAUCUUGAAGGAAAAGCUUUUCCUUCAUCUCUGCGAUGGGCUACAUUAUUUCUCUCACAGCAUCUUUACUUCCCUUCUUGCAUCUGCUCUGAUCACCACUUUACUAACUGGCCGCCUCUGCCUAUAUAUCAUUUCUGUUUCUUUACAGAUGAUUAUAGAGCUUGGGACAUUCAUAAAAGUAAACUUUAUAAGCCAGAACAAACUUACCACCCCCCUACUGCGAAAUUUGGAAAUUCAACGAUAUUUCAGGAUGAUUUUGUUCCUCAGGAGAUAAAGCCUAGGCAAAGCUUUAAACCUUCCUCUGUGGCCAAACGUUCUACAGCCCCUUUUAAUGGUAAUACAAGUCAUCGCCUUCAUUAUAUACCUCAUCAGCUUGAACUCAAGUUUGAAAGGUCAAAAGAAGUUUACAGACCAACUGAUCAACGCUUUGAGGAUCUCACAACUCACCAGUGUGACUUUCAGGGCCUUGUUGGUGAAACUGCAAAAAUCUGCAGACCUGUACACACCAGAGUGAUGCAAAAUGCUCAGUUUGAAAGAAGCACUGAAUUCCGUGAAAGUUUUCAACCAUGGGAAAUCCCACCGCCUGAGGUCAAGAAAGUACCAGAGUAUGUGCCUCCUACAGGUAGCAUGCUGUUAAACAGCACAAGCCAUCUUGACUAUGUUCCGUAUCUGACCAACUGUGUUGUUCCCAUCAGGCCAGUUUCUCAUAGAAGAAGUAACUAUUUUCCUUUCCAAGGAAAAAGCACCAUGAAGGAAGAUUUUCCAGCAUGGGAAAGUUGUCGUCAAGGACUUAUUAGGAAGCAGCAGCAGCAGAUUCCCAACCCAUCUGGAAAAUUUGAUAGUUUGUGCACUUUCAGAUCUCACUAUGUGCCACAUGAAUUGAUUCCAACAGAGAGUUGCAAACCUUUAAAUAUCGCUUUUAAGAGUUCUGUUCCAUUUGAUGAUGUAACUAUGUACUCUGUAGAGUACACACCGAAAAAACAGGAAAUUUGCCCAGCUAGCUAUGCCUCUCGUCCAGGUUAUAUUUUUGAAAACACAAAUUCCUAAGGUCAUAAAUUCUUCUGCAAGAUUACUCCAGCAGUAAAGGCCUUCUAAUAACCAAAUUGCGCUUAAAAGGAAACUACUAUCAAGUUGUUGGUUUUCCAAGAGAAAACUCAAUUUUACAGUGAAAAAAAUUAAUGAUAUAAUAAAUCAUUUUUUAGAUUUUUAAAUGAGAAAAUGUAUUCUAAG